AUGUCAGAGACACCAUCAGAUCCAGCUGCUACUCGUACUGGGCGCCGCCGCUCGUCCGUAGUCUACGAUCCGGCAAGGGACGUCUUUCAGCCAGCCCCAGACUCUCUUCCCACCGUGACCGAGGAGAGGGUGCAGGCUGCUGCAAAUGGAGGGGCCCCUGAGCAAGGUCUCGACCAUAAACCUCACUCCGACUCCAUCCCAAGAAUACCGCUGUCAACCAUGACACCCGAGAUUGGCAAGAAGCGCCAACGCUCCCCAUCUCCAACGUCGAGACAAGCAAGCUCAGAUGACAGGCCUUUAUCACCACCGCCGGAGAAGAAGAGGCGUUCGUCUAUCACUGAGCAGUCACUUCCUUCUGGCUCAUCAAGGAUACCUUCACCUCCUGCGCAGAAAUUGUCUGAGCCUUCCCUUACGAACUCUACUCACGCGUUAAAACCGCAUGUUGAUGCCAAAGUUUCUGUAGAUCAUUCGACAAGCUCAAGUACACUCCGUCAAGAUGGGCAGAUGUCUUCACAAGGUGGCAGAUCUCCUCAGUCGAGAAGCAUCCAUCCUCUGCACACAGACCGCAGUCACAUCGAUGAAAAAGAUGAUAAUCGCAACGAUGGCAGUAGCCAACGCCGUCGCUCACCUCAACGUCGCCGUAAUGGCGAGCGUUAUAGCCCCGCUCCUCGCCGCUCACGAACCCGCUCUCCCAUCCGCAGACGAUCACCAAAAUCUAACACCCGUUCUGUUUAUGGACGCCGUGACCCGCCACCGGCUCCCCGUCGCUCUCGCUCCCCAUCUCCUAUCCGACGCUCGCCUCCCAGGGAAGAACAACCAAUGCGCCGACCAGGCGGCGGGACCGGUCGAGGCCGCAAUGUGCUAGCAAUCGCCCAGCGACUAGCUGAAGAACGUGAACGUCAAGAGGAAGCCCAGAACGCGCAGAUACAGCGCGACCGCGGUGUUCAGCAAAUGUCGAAUCAAUUCUACAAUGCCCGACCAGAGUGGGUGAAGGAGCGGGGCAGAGAUUGGCGGAAGAAUGAAUCGAAGAUCAAGGGACUCCGGAGCUUCAACAAUUGGAUCAAGAGCUGUAUUAUCCAGAAGUUCUCUCCUGAAGAAGCACCGCAAGUCGAGGAGUUGGGGUGGGGAGAAGAGCCCACGGCGCCCGCUGAGCGAAAGCCGUUAUUAGUGUUGGAUCUUGGAUGCGGUAAAGGUGGAGACUUGGGGAAAUGGCAACUUGCACCUCAAACUGUUGGCCUUUACGUAGGGCUAGAUCCAGCGCAUCAGAGCAUCAGGCAGGCACACGAACGGUACAAUGAGAUGCGGCGGCGCAGAAAACCCAUUUUCGAUGCAAGAUUUCACGUCAAAGACUGUUUCGGAGAGUGGGUUGGAGAGAUCCCCAUUGUCAAAGAAGUGGGCAUCGACCCGAACGCUGGACAUGGUGGCCCGAGCAAAUGGUCUGGCGGUGGCUUCGAUGUCGUCACCAUGAUGUUCAGUAUGCAUUACGCAUUUGAAAGCGAGCAGAAAGCCCGCAUGAUGCUACGGAACGUUGCGGGAGCGCUGAAGAAGGGCGGACGCUUCAUUGGCGUCGUGCCCAACAGCGACGCCAUCGCCGAGCAGGUGGUCAAAUGGUGUAGAGCCAACAAGGACAAGAAGCAUGGGGGUGCUGAAGUCACGCAUGGUGAAGCGAACCCCAACUCAACUCCAGCACCAAACGGUCAAGAAGCCACCAAACCCGAUCAACAAACCGACGAAUCCUUCAACUCACCCCCCCACUGGGGCAACUCCCUCUACUCCGUCCGCUUCGGCACCGACCGUCCCGUCCCCCAGGACGGUGUCUUCCGCGACCCUCCAUUCGGCUGGAAAUACAUGUACUGGAUGGAAGAAGCGGUUGAUGUGCCCGAGUACGUGGUCCCCUGGGAAGCGUUCCGCGCUGUUGCGGAGGGUUUCAAUCUCGAACAGCGGUAUCGGAAGCCGUUCUUGGAGGUGUGGGAGGCGGAAAGCCGGGAUAGAGAGCUGAGAGAGCUGGCGGGCAGGAUGGGCGUGCUUGAUCGGGAGGGGAAUCUUGGGAUUACUGGCGAGGAGAGGGAGGCGGUGGCUUUUUAUCAUGCUUUUUGUUUUGUGAAGGUUUGA